UUACCGAUAGAACCUUGCCUUUCCGAUCGCAGUGACACGAUAGAAGAUAACUUUUCUAACUUUUUUUUGUCAGUUUUUGUACCUAUAGUACCUUUUUAGUACCUUUAAAAGUCUUCAAAAAAGAAAUAAAAUGUCGAAGCAGAAUUCAAGCGACUACAGAAAAGGGUCAAAUGCCUACAAAGCAGAGGAUGGGAGAAAAGACGAGAGAGUCAGAGAUCGUUCACCGUUACGAAUGGAUGAUCGUCGGGAAACGUCACACUACAGUCAAAAUCGACAAAAUGAUUCCAGAAAACAAAAACUUGCCUUUGGAUUUGGCAAAAAAUCAACCACAACAACGACGACGUCGACAAUUGAUCAACGAAAAGGAAUUCAAAUAAAAUUCGGUGCACUCUCGAAUCCAGUAACGAAACCUUCGACGAUUCCAAAACCGACAGUGGCGUCAGUUUUCAAUACAGACGAGGAUGACGAUGAACCCGAGGAAAUGCCAGCUGAAGCAAGAAUGAGAAUGCGAAAUAUUGGCCGUGAAACACCAACAUCAGCUGGACCAAAUUCCUUUGGUAAAACGAAACAAGGUUUUUGUGAUUCCAAGAAAAUAUUCGAAAAAUCAUUAAAAAAAGCAAUGGAGGAAGCUAAUAAAUGAUUUCCACAAAAAAUUUACUGAAUUUUUACAAAAGAAAAUUCAAUUUUUGAAUUUACAAAAAUAAUUUAUUAGUUGUGUUUAAUAAUUUCCAUAUAAAGAAUCUUUUAUUCUUCA